GCUCAGGGAGCGCGCAGCGCGGCGCGCGGCGGUGCGUUGUGUCCCUCGAACACAGCGGAUCACCGAUCACGGAAAGAGCCAAAGAUGUCAGCUCGGUCAUGUGAUCAGCUGUGUCCAAUCACAGCUGAUCACAUGGGAUAUGUACACUGAUCAUCAGAGCACUGAUGAUCAGUGUGUGCCCUGAUGAUAAGUGUAGCCCCAGCAGUGCCACCUGUCAGUGUCCAUCAGUGCCUUAUGUCAGUGCCUUGUGCCAGUGCCCAUCAGUGCCACAUAUCAGUGCACACCAGUGCACAUCAAUGCCACAUAUCAGUGCCCACCUGAGCUGCCUUUCAGUGUCACCCAUCAGUGCCAGUCAGUGCCACUUAUCAAUGCCAAUCAGUGCCACCUAUCAGUGCCACUUAUCAGUG